CAACAUGGAGGCGCUGGUACAGUAAAAAUCACUGUUGUGAAAUGUUGAAUCAAGUCCAGGGGAGGGGAUAAAGUCAUUGAUAGAGUUAUGCGGAUAAAUCGUGAAUCGCUCAGACACGAAUGGAGACCAGACAAAUUACCGGGGUGUACGGAGAGGUCAGCGGCAUCCCUGCGCCCGUUUCUGCUUAUGUGAGUCAAGAGCAACUCCCGGAGCUCCGUGUCUACACCGUGACGGCAGAGUGGAGUCAGAAUGACCUGGUCCGAGGCUCCAGACUUCGCUACUCCCAGCAGUGGACUCUAAUCACCAACAGCAAUGACCAGAGGAGCAUCAGGACUGUCCUCCCACCGGGAUCCUGUGCACCUGUGUCUGGAGAGUUACUGAGUGGGCUCUCUCCCAUUCGAGGCCUGAGGGCAGUUGUCAGGGAGACAAGUGACCAACAGUUGCUUGAGAUAUGGGACAGCCACGGCCUCAGGAAAUGCCUCAACCUGACUGCACUCAACAUACACGGCCGAGUAUACGAUGAUGCUCAGUUUGGCUGUCUGUCAUGGUCAGAGUGUGAGAACAAACUGCUGUAUGUAGCCGAGAAGAGCAAGAACACAUCAACGGAAACACAUGACGGGGAUUCUGCAUGUGGGAAGGACAGAAGUGUGUACUGUGAGGACUGGGGCGAGGCUCUGACCAACAAGAGCAGCUCGGCCAUUUGUGUGGUGAAUCUGCAGAACGGCAGUGUGAGCGUGCUGCAGGGUGUGCCGCCUCAAGUCUCACCUGGACAGGCUCUGUGGUCUCCUGGGAGUCAGUCUGUGAUAUUUGUCGGCUGGUACCACGAACCCUUCAGACUUGGACUGAAGUUCUGCUCCAACCGCAGGUCAGGAUUAUUCAGACUUGACCUGGAUGGACACUGUGAGUGUCUGUCGGGGGACAACCUGUCAGUGUCCUGUCCCAGGCUGAGUCCAGAUGGAUCCACACUGAUUUACCUGCAGGGCAGAGUGUUUGGUCCUCACAAUCAGUGCCUCAGUCUCCAACAGCUGGACCUCAAAAGUGGGAAGACAUCCACACUGUUGGAUGUUGUCAACAGACCAAACACUGGUGAGUUUGCAGGAAUUUAUGAGGCUCUGCCGUCCUGCUGCUGGUCUGCAGACAGUCAGAGAGUGGUGUUCAGCAGUGCCUGCAGGAACUGGAAGGAUCUCUUUAUGGUCGACAGAAGAUCAAAGAAAGUCACCUCCCUCUCUGAUAGUGCCUCUGAUCUUUCCAAAGUUUAUGGCAGCUGGAAACUGCUGACAGUUCAGAAGGAUCUGAUGGUCGUCUGCUGCUCCAGCCCCAAUACACCACCCACUCUGAGGGUGGGUUUCCUUCCCUCAGCAGGUAAGGCUGUGACCUGGCAAACCCUGCAGCAGCCUGUCAUGACCUUUAACUUCCACUGGACAAUUCUAGAUGUUACACCUCCUUCUGAGGAGGACAACACACAUUACUCUGGUUUGGACUUUGGUGCUGUUCUGGUUAAACCAUCUCACUCCCUUUAUGACGCCAAGAUACCUCUGGUUGUCUUUAUCCAUGGUGGCCCUCACUCCCAGUUCCCUGCAGAGUGGAACAGCACCACAGCCGGGCUGGCUAAACUCGGCUUUGCUGUGCUCAUGGUGAACUACCGGGGAUCCACAGGGUUUGGCCAGGACAGCAUUUUGUCCCUGAUCGGUCAGAUUGGAAGCCAGGAUGUAAAAGAUGUGCAGAGGGCUGUGCUCACUGCGCUGCAGGGUGACCUGGCCCUUGACCCAAAGCGCUUGGCCGUGAUUGGUGGUUCUCAUGGGGGUUUCCUGUCCUGUCAUCUGGUUGGUCAGUACCCAGAGUUCUACAGAGCGUGUGCAGCUAGGAACCCCGUCAUUAAUGCCGCUACUUUAUUGGGAACCAGUGACAUAGUGGACUGGCGUUACACCAGUGUGGGGUUUCAGUACUCAUAUGACCAGAUACCCACUGCUGAAGCCCUGGCUGCUAUGUUAGAGAAGUCACCCAUCACACAUGCUGCUCAGAUCAAAGCUCCGGUGUUGCUGAUGCUGGGAGGUAGAGACAGGCGAGUGUCUCCACAUCAAGGUCUGGAGCUCUAUAAAGCACUGAAGAGCAGAGCUUCACCUGUCAGGCUGUUGUGGUUUGCAGAAGAUGGACAUUCACUUUCCAGAGUGGACACACAGGCCAACUGCUUCCUCAACAUAGUGCUGUGGCUGAACCAGCAUCUCUGAACACCCCCCAAACCACCCCCACCCC